AUGAUUAGAAUACAUUGCUGUCAUGACAGCAAAACAUAUUUAUUUAAAUAUUCAAACUCAACAGGGGAUGCUAGAGAAAGAGUCACAAAAGUAAAAGAUUCAUUUAUUUUUGAAUAUCCAUGUGAUUCUAUUUCCAAAUGCGAACCAUAUGUCAUUCAAUUUCCGAAAGGUAGCUAUGAAAUCGAACUAUGGGGAUCAUCAGGUGGAAGUGGACGAGAAAACAAUUCUCCUGUCCUUUGUGAGAAGUCAGGUGGAAACGGAUCAUAUGUUAAAGGUCAUCUUCACCUCAAAACAUUUAGUAAGUUUUAUCUUUAUUUAGGUUCACAAGGCGAAGAUCAAUCAAAAACCGACGAAUAUUCCAUUCCUGCGAAAGGUGGCUGGAAUUUCGGAGGUGAUGGUGGAAUUGACAAGAAUAGCACAAAGUUUAAACCCACCUCACAGAGUGGUGCAGGCGGCGGUGGUUCUGUUGACCUCCGCAAUGAAUAUAUCGACAUCAACUCAGCUGCUAUCGAUCAAUCUAUUCUGACAAAAUCUUUGAAAUCUCGAAUUAUGGUCGCAGGAUCUGGAGGCGGUGCUGUCUCAGAUACAAAUAGAAAUGGUUUGCCUGGCAGAAAAUUGUUUGCUUCGAACAAUGGCGAAUACAUGUUCGGAGGUACACAAACUUCAGGCGAAUUGGGAAUUGGUAAAAAUGGUAUCGAUUCUGACAAAAAUCAAGGCGGUUCCGGCGGUUGCGGCAGUGGAUAUAGAGGCUGUUAUCACAAUUUUCCCCUAGAUCUUACAACACUAUCUGCAUAUGAAUAUGGCGGAUCAGGAGGAAGUUCAUAUAUAAGUGGCCAUCCAGGGUGCAUAAGUCCUCACUAUCCAUCAACUGCAGCAGCUGAUGAAUUUACUCCUUUCCAUGAAUCUCAUUUUUAUUUCACAAACACUUUAAUGCGAAGUGGUGAUGAAUCAAUGCCAGAUCCGUUCCAUGACAAUUCUAUUAUUGGUCAUUAUGGUCAUGGAGUUUGUAGAAUCAGAUUUCUCUUUGAUCCUUAUUGUCAAACACAUUUCAUCAUUUUUCCUCAUUACUUUUCAUUCUCUAUAUACAUGAUUUUAUUUUGUUUAGUUUCUGAAUAA